AUGGAACACGCCGGCGACCACCGUAACCGCUUCUGUGUGGCUUCCGCCACUAUUGCCGUCACCGCAACAGCCGCAGUCAUGUUAGUGGCCACUGUGGUGUCCAUGUGGGUGCUGAGCGCCAUGGCCGUCACCGUCCGACACGGCAGGUCCAGGAUGGCCAGGUGGGCGCAACAACAGCACUACGACCUGCAGCAACUGUCGGUGGCCAACGGCACAUCGGCGGCGGUCACGGUGGCCGCGGCCACAGUGACCACGGCUGCCGUCAACGGACGCUUGCACGACCCGGGCGGCGGCGCGGCCCGGCCACUGCCCCCGUCGCUGGCCACGGACGACGUCGGACAGCAGCAGCAACACUACCGGCACAAGGCCAACUCACUGCUCCGCAUUGUCGAGUCGCAACAGCAAUUGGGCGGCAACUGCACCGCUGGGACGGACCUGAACAUGGGCGACGGAGUCGUGGACAGAUACGCUCAGGUACCUAAUAGAUAG